GGUCCCCCAUGGGAAUCGAACCCACAACCCUGGCGUUGCAAACACCAUGCUCUACCAACUGAGCCACACGGGACACAGGAGGCUAGUUAUCAUGAGUUAUAACACACAGCAAACUGCGUAUAGGUUGCUACAGCAUAUGUUGUCAUUCUGAUUGCUCUCAACAUUUCUCCUCCAAGAUAUGGAUUUAAAUAUAAGUUGGAAUGUGUAAACCGAAGGGCUACCUUUUCCCUUGCACAUGUGAUAACGACUUUAUUCAUGCGCAUAACUUGGUCAAGGGGAACAAAAAACAUGCACUGAUUCUACCAAUCCCUCUCAGUGCCUUCUUGGUGUUCAUCACUGUAAAGCGAACAGAGCAAUAACGAAUAUUGACUAGGACUCCACAUUGGAUAGAAGUUCUGCAACAAGGACUAUAGCGUCAUUCAGUGGUGGUACGCUGCACAUCGCACAAUAUAGGACAUCCACCCAUAGCUUCGAGGUUGUGUGUGUGUGUGUGUGUUUGCAGAUGGGCCCCGUGUAUCACGCACUGGCAGAUUUUGUCGUGACUUGGAAACGGCAGGUUAAGACGCUCACGAUGCGUCUCCCAAUGCGCCUUCGUGGACGUUGGAACAUUUGGAGACUUCGAGGCAGGAAUUUCCCCCAGAUCCCAUAUAGUGAUUAGGCCUACAGGGUUUUUUUUUCUACAUGCUCUCUCGCCCUCUCGUUCUAGUGACAUUCUGAGAUAUAAUGCCCAGUGGCUAUCAUUGAGGAACAACCAUAAUCAGCAUUUCACACCACAUGUCCACUUUAAAUGCUAUUCCCGACAAAGAUGAGCUUUUAAGGUUGAAAAGUGUCGAUAUGUUUUAUGAAAGUGACAGAGAGACAUGUUUUGAGUCGUCUGGGGUUAGGUUGUCAGUGUCCAAUUCACAACCCGCAGUAGGCAUAAUAAGGCAAAUGAAGGGGGAUCUCUGCGCUACAUUUAACAGCUUGUUCUUUCAUAGACCUAGACCAGUGCUCUAAUUUAAUUUCGUAUAAUGAACAUUGCAACUGUUUAGAUCUCCUCUCGGGCACAUGUCGGAAAACUGAGGGCUAAAAGAAGUGUCUCGUUUUUGUAGGUGAAAGGAUCUGUCUGCCAAAUGGCAACUGUUGUUUUGCUCCCGUGGGCGCACAUAUAACAGCUGGACUGGUCGUAGCGUUAAAUAAUAUUUAUCAUCCACUCCAGACCAGAACUCCCACGCAUUUUACUUUGUUCUUUCAAUGGGUUGUCUGUCUGAAUCCGUCUUUUGAAUUGACUUGGUUACAUCAAUUUCGAGAUCAUCAUAAGCACUUCCUUAUUUGUUCCGGGUUUGACGCAGUGCCAUAGGUGCUCUCUCUUCCCUGGACAUGUUGACAGAUUUAUUGAGGCGAAAGUUCCUGGAUGUGUACGUCAUCCUUUAGUUUCUCGGGGGCGGAGGACAACUAUUCUAUUUGUUUAUGAGGGGUGUUAUUUUCUUCUGCAGCAAUGGCGAAAUCCCAGCGCGUAAGAGUAAGACUCCGGGAAAGGGGGUAACGUGUGAAAUACCGGGUCGACAUGCCUGGCUCUAGCAGUGCCUUCAUCCCUACGAUAAACGCCAUAACGACCAGCCAGGACCUGCAGUGGAUGGUGCAGCCCACAGUGAUCACCUCCAUGUCCAACCCUUACUCACGCUCCCACCCCUAUGGCCACCACCUCUCCAACGGCCCCGGGCUCCUGGGACACACCACCCUGGCCCGUCCGGGUGUCAUCCGCUCCAUCGGGGACACCCGCGGACGCCGCAGGAGAGAUGAGCAGCUUACCCCUGAAGAAGAGGAGAAGAGGAGGGUGAGACGCGAGAGGAACAAGUUGGCUGCCGCCAAGUGCCGCAACCGCAGACGAGAACUCACUGAGACGCUCCAAGGAGAGACUGAGGAGCUGGAGGACGAGAAGGCUGAUCUACAGAAAGAGAUCGAGACGCUGCAGAAGGAGAAGGACAAGUUGGAGUUUAUGCUGGUGGCCCACAACCCCGUGUGCAAACUGCCCCCUGACGAUCGCCACCAGGGGGGCCACCACCACCAGCAGCAGUGUGCUCCUCUUCCGCUGACCAUGCGCAACAAUCUGGGUCCCCGAGGCCUCAUCAACCCUGUUGUGGUGAAGCAAGAACCACAAGAGGACGAUGAGGACGGCAAGUCCCAGCGCUCCGUCAUCAAGCCCAUCUGUCUUGGUGGAGGUGGUGGGAUUUACUGCGAUAGCGACAGCCUCAACACCCCGGUGGUGGCCGCCUCCACCCCGGCCUCCACACCCAGCGCCCCCAGCCUCAUAUUCACCUACCCCAGCAUGCUGGAGUCCGAGAGCCCCUCGCCGUCCUCAGAGUCCUGCUCCAAAGCCCACCGGCGCAGCAGCAGCAGCGGGGAUCAGUCUUCAGACUCCCUCAACUCACCUACCCUCCUGGCCCUCUGAGCAGGGGCAGUAAGGUGAUGUUGUGCGGAGGGUGAGCAGCGCCUCCUACCGACUUGGAAGACAAAGAGCACACUCAAGCCUGGACCAAGCCAACCGGUAACUGUUUCCUUGACACCAGGAACCCUCAAGGGCUAAGCCGCUUGUUUUUCUUGUACGCUUCAGUGUGAUUUUUUUAUACCCAAAGUGUGUGCACCUGUACCAGCCAGUGUCAUCCCUUCUCCAUUUUAACUUCAGCACAAUUUGUUUUUUGAACAAUGAACAUAUGACAUGGAGGUUAGAAAUGACAGCAGAGGCAGUCAAAAGAGGAGAAAACUGGUGAAAGCAAGACAUAUUUUUUGAUCAACAUUAAGUAAAGCCAUCGGGCAAAAGUUGCACUCUGCUAUGAUCAAUCUACCAAUUAAUGACUAAAUGAGAGACAAUGGGAGGGAUAUAGAAACAAUGGAGAGAUUUUAAAAACAGACUCAUCUUUUUCUUUUUUUAUCCUCCUCUCCCAGAAACCAGGACCUGUUUGGGAGACUACAGAGAGUGUGUGGAUGCGCUGAUACGCUAAUAAACAUAUGACUUUAUUUUCAUCUCUACUUGUAUUUAUGACCUGUGCUGUGUGACCUUGCGUUCUGGUGUUGUUGUCUCCUGAUGGUUCACUGGGUGAGCCUCAAAGCCUCAGUGUCUCAAACGAAAAUAGCCAAUUUUUAUUCAUUUGCCUAGAUCCUCAACACUCUACUCCGAAUAUUGGUCAAAGUAUCGAUGGCCAUCGUAUUGUGUGCUUUUCUCAGUAAUGUACCUGAACUUUAUUAUGUGUUUAAUACAUGUUUGUGUGAUUUACAUUGAUGUCAGGGAUUUCUCUUCUGUGUGGUUGUUCAUAACUAUUUUAAGGAGCAGCAUGGGAAGCAUCGGGGCUCAAAUGCUUGAGUGAUAUAUGAGGAGAAAUUCAAACCGGGGACCCUUCUACUUCUGAAAUUAUGUCAUUCACCAAGACAGUUCGACCAAUGAGGGUAUUAUGACCAACUCCUUAUACCCCCAAUACUAAUGGAAGUGAAGGUUCAAGCAGACAUUCUAGAGCUUCAUUGAAAGUCAUUUAUGGGGUGGGGGUUGAUAGAAUUGCAAUAUUUAAGACCUGUUGUUUACUUCAAACAUUCCUUACAGGGUCAGUGAGUGUCAUGGCCUUGCUGUGAUCACGGGACAGAAGACUUACUGAACAAUUUUUGUUGUGCUGGGUGCAGCAAAUAAGACUGUGCAAAAAUCAUUGCUGCUGCUGUUGUUGUGGACUGACUAGUCUUGAAGGAGAACACAUCACUUAUUUAUCUUUGUGUGGAUGGUCUUGAGGUAAACUUCACUGGAUAGUUAUGGUAUCACAUGAUAGCAUUUGAACAACAACACCCAUCAUGCAUUGUGUCAAAUUGCAGACCGAACAAAGAUACCAAAAACCAUUGUGGGAGAGAGUGUGUUCUUAGUCUGUUUGAGUCUUUUGAACCCCUUAGAAACACGUAGGAAAGCCAUUGACUUUAGAUCUUCUACUGUACGUGUCAUCUACUGUACGUCUUCUGUUUCUGACAUCUAUUUCUUCUUUUCUCAAAUGCUUUAACUGUUUAAAAUGAUUGAAAACAAACAAAAACAGCAAUAUGUAUAGCAGUGUUUGUUCAUUUCGUAAUUUAAAUCAAUAAUUAUAAUAAAAAAGCAUUUUCAACAAAGAA